AGAUCCUGGGACAGAAAAAUCACGUGACUAACCCAUGUCGGACAACACAGAAUCGUUCGCUUGCGCUGUGGAGGCAUUAAUUUGGUACGAAAACAUUCGAUUCUGACGUACCGCACCACGAAAGCUGACCGACAACUUCGUCCACACUUAUUAUUCGUCCGAAAGAAUGUCUGGUCGGGACGGUGGCAAGAAAAAACCUCUGAAGGCGCCCAAAAAGGAACCGAAGCAGCUGGACGACGAUGACGUUGCUUUCAAACAAAAGCAAAAGGAACAACAGAAAGCCCUCCAGGAGGCCGCGAAAAAGGCUAGUCAGAGAGGGCCCCUGGUCACGGGUGGCAUAAAGAAAUCUGGCAAAAAAUGAUCUAUCCAAGACUGAGAAGAUCGCAUUUUUCGUGCGCUCUGUGUUUUUUUACCGAGACAUGAUUUUUGAUAUUAAUUAGCGUGUCAAUUGCAACAUCUGUCGACGGCGUUACUACGAGAAAUGGUAAAACCACUUGUAAAUAAAACGAUCAUGUAUUAAAUCACAGUAGUAACAUGCAUUUAA